CAUAGCAGGUUUAUUUUAGUUUGUUUACAGCAAAUGUGCAGACCAAAGUCCGUUGCUAACUUUGGGAGCUACUAAAGACAUGAAAAAGUAGAACUUUAAACACAUUGCACUAUAAAUGAUUGGGAGUAUCUGAGCAUAUUAUUUCUUACAUGACUUUAAAGAAAAUGGAUGCCUAUCUGACCCCAAAAUGACUUGAAGAAACUGUUUCCAUGGCCCUGCUGCAGACCAGAGGUAUGGUCCAUUAAGAAGAGAGUGGAGUCAGGACCAACACACACUUAGUGUGACUUAGGGAAAGAAAACAUUUUACCCCUUUGAACCUCUCUGGAUAUAGUCAUUUUGCCUCCACUUGGGGAUCACCUGUUCAGCCUCAAUGGCCUUUCAGGACCUCCUGAGUCAAGCCGGUGACCUGUGGAGAUUCCAGAUCGUUCAGGCUGUUUUUCUCUCAAUCUUCACUAUUUUUGCAUACCCUCAUUUUGUGCUGGAUAACUUCACUGCAUUCACACCUGGUCAUCGCUGCUGGGUCCACAUCCUGGACAAUGAUACUGUCUCUGACAACGACACCAGGACCCUCAGUCAGGAUGCCCUCUUGAGAAGCUCCAUCCCACUGGACUCAAACAUGAGGCCAGAGAAGUGUCGUCGCUUUGUUCAUACCCAGUGGCAUCUCCUUCACCUGAAUGGGACCUUCCCCAAUGCAAGUGACCCAGACACAGAGCCCUGUGUGGAUGGCUGGGUGUACGACAGAAGCACCUUUUCUUCCACCAUCGUGACUGAGUGGGAUCUGGUAUGUGACUCUCAAUCACUGACUUCAGUAGCUAAAUUUGUAUUCAUGGCUGGAACGAUGGUGGGAGCCAUCCUAGGUGGUCAUUUAUCAGACAGGUUUGGGAGAAAGUUAGUUCUCAGAUGGUGUUACCUCCAGCUCGCCAUUGUUGGCAUUUGUUCAGCCUUGGCUCCCAGCUUCCUCAUUUACUGCUCACUACGCUUCUUAUCUGGGACUGCUACAACAACCCUCCUUACAAACACUAUUAUGUUAAUAGUCGAGUGGGCAACAUACAGAUUCCAGGCCAUGGGAAUUCCAUUGGCAAUGUGUGCUUCUAGUAUUGCAUUUAUGACCCUGGCAGGCCUGGCUUUUGCCAUUCGAGACUGGCACAUCCUCCAGCUGGUACUGUCUCUACCAUACUUCGUGAUCUUUCUGACCUCAAGAUGGCUGCUAGAGUCUGCUCGAUGGCUCAUUAUCAACAACAAACCAGAGGAAGGCUUAAAGGCACUUAGAAAGGCUGCACACAGGAAUGGAAUGAAGAAUGCCAGAGACAUCCUAACCUUGGAGAUUUUGAAAUCCACCAUGAAGGAAGAACUGGAGGCAGCACAAAAAAAACCUUCUCUGUGUGAAUUGCUCCACAUGCCUAACGUACGUAAAAUGAUCUUCCUCCUGUCCUUUACAAGAUUUGCAAACUUCGUCACCUUUUAUGGCCUUAGUCUCCACAUCCAGCAUCUGGGAAAUGACGUUUUCCUGCUGCAGACUCUCUUUGGUGUAGUCAUCCUCCUGGCCAAUUGUGUUGCACCUUGGGCACUGAAGCACAUGAACCGUCGAGUAAGCCAGAUGUUUCUCCUGUCGCUACUGUCAGUCUGCACCCUGGCCAUCAUCUUUGUGCCACAAGAAAUGCAGACGUUGCGUGAGGUUUUGGCAACUCUGGGUUUAGGAGCUUCUUCUCUUGCCAGUACCGUUGCUUAUACCCAUGGAAAUGAAGUAAUUCCCACAAUAAUCAGGGCAAGAGUGAUGGCAAUCAAUGCAAACUUUGCUAAUAUUGCAGGAGCCUUGGCUCCCCUCGCGAUGAUCCUAAGUGUAUAUUCUCCACCCUUGCCCUGGAUCAUCUAUGGAGUCUUCCCCUUCAUCUCUGGCUUUCUUGUCCUCCUCCUUCCUGAAACCAGGAACAAGCCUCUGAUUGACACCAUCCAGGAUGUGAAAAAUAGGAAAAAAGACUUCAGAGAACCAAAGCAGGAGGAUCCCAGCAUGGAAGUGAUACAGUUUCAAGGAAUUCUAGGAGCUGACUGCUGAUCAAUGAGCCAGAUGAACGGAAUAGUCAAGACUAUUCCUAGUCACUAGCAAAAUCUAGAAAAUAAAUAACAAGAUAUAAUGGAUAAGUAGAUUCACUUCACAAUUGUGUUACUAAAUAACUCAGUAUAAGCUACCUACAAAUAACCAUAAGAAAAAAAUUAAAGAAAAUCAUAGCACCUUAAAAUAAAUCAUAAUAGAAUAUUUAUAUAGUUAUAGGUCCCUAGCAUGUUUCUGGAUAGGAAUAUUAAACAAUAUAAAAUGCAAUGAUUAUUCCUCAAUUAUUUGGUAGAGUAAUGGUGGGAAUAAUUCCAGUGAAAAAUCUGAUACUUUUACAAAAACUUGAAAAAUAAGUUUAAAUUUAUCUAGGAAUUAAUAGUAGACAAGAUGGUUCAGAAAAAGGAAGACCAGGGAGUGAAAAUGUGGCUGUCAGGUAAAUGGGAUAGCACAUACAGAACUUCACCAUAAGUUGUAAUAUUUAUAACAGUGUUAGCAGAUGCAUUUACAAAACAAAUUCAAAAGCAGAUUUUAGUAUGUGUAACAUUUAAUGUGUAAUAAGUAUUGUAAAUUCUUAGAGGAAACAAUAAAUUAUGGAAUAAAUAGCAUUAACCAACUAAUUGGAAAUAAAUGACUAACAAUUCAACUUUA